AUUGCUGUCGGCACCGCCGGAGUAUACGUAACUGCCGUCGUGAUGCCGAGGGGUCCCAAGCAGCAGCCGUCGGAGCCCGAGUGGAUCGGAGAAGGGGAGGGCACGAGCCCCGCAGACAAAGUGGUGAAGAAGGGGAAAAAGGACAAGAAGAAUAAAAAGACGUUCUUUGAAGAGCUGGCAGUAGAAGAUAAACAGGCUGAGGAAGAAGAGAAAGUACUCAAGGAGAAAGAGGAGCAACAGCAACAGCAGCAGCAGCAAAAAAAGAAACGAGACACCCGAAAAGGCCGGCGGAAAAAGGAUGUGGAUGAUGAUGGAGAGGAGAAGGAGCUCAUGGAGCGUCUUAAGAAGCUCUCAGUGCCAGCCAGUGAUGAGGAGGGAGAGGUACCUGCCCUGACACCCCGAGGAGGGAAGAGAACCAAAGGAGGUAAUGCUUUUGCAGCCUUGAUUCAGGAUCAGAGUGAGGAAGAGGAAGAGGAGGAAAAACACUCUGCCUCUGCUAAGCCUGCCAAGCCAGAAAAGAAUCGGAUCAAUAAGGUGAAAGCAGUGGCCUUGGCUGUAUUUGAGGAACGACAACCAGGACUCAAGAACAAAAAGGGGAAGGCCAAGCCUCAAAAUAAAUUUUCCACUCUGGACAAUGAACAUGAAGAGGAUGAAAAAGAAGAAAUAACAAAGGAAGAUGAGCCACCCCAGCAAGGGAAGGAGAAGGCCAAGGAGGCGGAGCAGUUCUCACUGGGUUCAGAGGAAGAAGAAGGGGAGUCUAAGGCCGACGAUCCCUAUGCACAUCUUAGCAAGAAAGAAAAGAAAAAGCUGAAGAAACAGAUGGAGUAUGAGCGCCAAGUGGCUUCAUUAAAAGCAGCCAGUGCUGCUGAGAAUGACUUCUCUGUGUCACAAGCAGAGGUGUCCUCCCGCCAAGCCAUGCUGGAAAAUGCAUCUGAUAUCAAGCUGGAGAAGUUCAGCAUCUCAGCCCAUGGCAAGGAGUUAUUUGUCAAUGCAGACCUGUACAUUGUGGCUGGCCGCCGCUAUGGGCUUGUGGGACCCAAUGGCAAGGGCAAGACCACUCUCCUCAAGCACAUUGCCAACCGAGCCUUGAGCAUCCCCCCCAACAUCGAUGUGUUGCUGUGUGAGCAGGAGGUGGUAGCGGAUGAAACACCUGCAGUGCAGGCUGUUCUUCGAGCAGACACCAAGCGAUUGAAGCUGCUGGAAGAAGAGCGACAGCUUCAGGGGCAGCUGGAGCAGGGUGACGACACAGCUGCUGAGAGGCUGGAGAAGGUGUAUGAGGAACUGCGGGCUUCUGGUGCAGCAGCCGCAGAAGCCAAAGCCCGGCGGAUCCUGGCUGGUCUGGGCUUUGACCCUGAAAUGCAGAAUCGGCCCACAGAGAAGUUCUCAGGGGGCUGGCGCAUGCGUGUCUCCUUGGCCAGGGCGCUGUUCAUGGAGCCCACCCUGCUGAUGCUGGAUGAGCCCACCAACCACCUGGACCUCAAUGCUGUCAUCUGGCUCAAUAACUACCUCCAGGGCUGGCGGAAGACAUUGCUCAUCGUCUCCCAUGACCAGGGCUUCCUGGAUGAUGUCUGCACUGAUAUAAUCCAUCUUGAUGCUCAGCGGCUUCAUUACUAUAGGGGCAAUUACAUGACCUUCAAGAAGAUGUACCAACAAAAGCAGAAAGAACUGCUGAAGCAGUAUGAGAAGCAGGAGAAAAAGCUGAAGGAGCUGAAGGCAGGUGGCAAGUCCACCAAGCAGGCGGAAAAGCAAACAAAGGAAGCCCUGACUAGGAAGCAGCAGAAAUGCCGACGGAAAAACCAGGAUGAGGAGUCACAGGAGACCCCUGAGCUCCUGAAGCGUCCCAAGGAGUACAUCGUUCGCUUUACAUUCCCCAACCCCCCACCACUCAGCCCUCCUGUGCUGGGCCUGCACGGUGUGACAUUUGGCUAUGAGGGACAGAAACCACUCUUUAAGAAUCUGGAUUUUGGCAUUGACAUGGACUCAAGAAUCUGCAUUGUGGGCCCUAAUGGUGUGGGGAAAAGCACCUUGCUCCUGCUCCUGACAGGCAAGCUGACUCCGACUCGUGGAGAAAUGAGAAAGAACCACCGGCUGAAAAUUGGCUUCUUCAACCAGCAGUAUGCGGAGCAGCUGCGCAUGGAUGAGACACCCACCGAUUACCUGCAGCAAGUCUUCAACCUGCCCUACCAGGAUGCCCGGAAGUGCCUGGGUCGCUUUGGCCUUGAGAGUCAUGCCCACACCAUCCAGAUCUGCAAACUCUCUGGUGGGCAAAAAGCCCGAGUUGUGUUUGCAGAGCUGGCCUGUCGGGAGCCAGAUGUCCUCAUCUUGGAUGAGCCCACCAAUAACUUGGACAUAGAGUCAAUUGAUGCUCUAGGGGAGGCCAUCAACGAGUACAAGGGUGCUGUGAUUGUCGUCAGCCAUGAUGCCCGACUCAUCACAGAAACCAACUGCCAGCUGUGGGUGGUGGAAGAGCAGAGUGUUAGCCAAAUUGAUGGUGACUUUGAGGACUACAAGCGGGAAGUGUUGGAGGCCCUGGGCGAAGUCAUGGUCAACCGCCCCCGAGAGUGAUCUCCCUUCCCGGAAGACCAGCUUGUGUGGCCUGGAUGCCCCCUGUUGUCUCUCCAUCUCCACUUGGAAGCCUGCCUUUGUUCUGCAGCUGACAGGGAGGCAGAGGUGGUGUUGAUAUGAUUUAGGAUGCCACUUUGAUUGCUUCCUUUCCUCUGAAAGAUUUGUCUGUUCACUUUUCCUUAUAAACUGGUCUGGCCUUACUUUUGACACUUCUCUGUGCCAAAAGAGAUGACCAUUCAUUAUCUUGGGUUCCCUCCAGCCAAACUUAGGUGGCCAGUUGUCGUGAGUUUCUCUCAUCACUCUGCACCCUGCCUCUGGUCCACUUUAAAGCUUCAGGCCCAGUGGGCUCCUGGUCUUAUGAGUGGUGCUGUUCUUUUUUUUUUAUGGAUUUCAUGCUGACUUUGUGAUACAAAUGGCUGUGGCAGUUCAACUGAGGGAGAAGUCUGAGGCCUGAGCUAUUAUCUGGCAUGUGGUGUGUGCAGUCUCUUGUCUAGUUGGAGACUCGGGGGCAAGAAAGGAACACUGCUAAACUUGAAUUUCCCUGUACAAGGGGAAGGAAUAAAGGAAAGGAGUUACUGGUGCCCUGGCUGUUUGGAGAUUCAUGGGAGCUGGAACUGUUUUUUAUCUUGAUUUUCUUUUUUUCUUUCAAGUAAAGAUUUUAUUUAUUUAUUUUUAGACGGGUGAUGGGUGGGAGAUAGAGAGGGAAAUAUCAAUGUGUGGUUGCCUCUCUUGCGCCCCCUACUGGGGACCUGGCCCAUAACCCAGGCAUGUGACUGGGAAUAGAACCAGCGACCCAUUGGUUCACACAGGCUGGUGCUCAGUCCACUGAGCCACACUAGCCAGGGCUGAUCUUAAUUUUCUUUACUCAGAAAAUUUACUUAAUUUUCUGGUGGCACUUAGUAUCCUCACUUCUCCACUAAUACAGAUGGAUCUAACCUGUACUCUUAACUGCACUUACAAUGAUGCUUGCUCUCUGAGGAGCCUACCUCCCUUCCCCUCACCUUUCAGAGAGGAAGAAGGGAGAGUGUCCAGGACACUCAAGUCUUUCACCUUACAAGGUCUGCCCUGUGGUCAGGGACCAGCUACUAAAUGACACAACAUGUAGAGUACUUGGAGUUACACAAGGAGAAAGACAGAGUCUGCCUUCAUGGAUAGUUAGAGAAGGCUUAGCAAAUAAGACAUGAAUGUACAUUGUGAUAGGAUUAAUUGCCAGUGUAUGGUUCUCUAGACUCUUAAGUUGCUACAUGCUCCUAGAAGGGAAAGAUUAUCUGGAAUGGGAUUUUUGUCGGGAUCACUUGAAAAAGAAGAGGGGUUUGAAUAAUGAGGGAAAGGAGAGCCGUGUUUGGAACCACAAAAGAGCAGAUCUAAGGCUUGGAAGGAAGAAAACCAAAACUGUAUAGGAGUUAGUGAGAAAAUAUGGCUGGAAUGGCCACUUCUUCAUUUUUGAAAAGGUGGGUUUGGAAAGUAAAAUACAAAGGUGGGUGGUGAUUUUAGGUAGUGAUGGGCAAGACGAACUGUAGAGCCCUGAUUGGUUUAGCUCAGUGGGCUUGGCGUCAUCCUGCAGACAGAAAGGCCCCAGAUUCAAUUCCCGGUCAGAGUACAUGCCUGGGUUCUGGACCAGGUUACCAUUGGGCACGUAUGAGAGGCAACCAGUUGAUGUUUCUCUCUCUCCCUCCCUUUCCCUCUAAAAAUAAACAAGAUCUUCAAAUAAAUAAAUAAAUAAAUAAAUAAAUAAAAUAAAAUAAACAGGCAAACUGUAGUCACUUACAGGGGUAGACCCCAUACUUCUGUGGGGAAGAGGCAAUCCUGAACUACACAGGGUUGGAAAGGACAGGACAGAUGGAAGGACCAAGAUGGGAACUGAAGACAGGGUGCUCAGUGUAGCUUACCUUUUCUAGCAGAAUAUAAAGAACUGUUUGGUUAAGACUGAGGUCGGAACUCUAAUUUUGGGAAAUUAUUUUCUGUCCAAGUGAAUAAGUAAUACUGGACCUCCAGUAAAAGUAUUAUACUGGAAGUGCAGUUCUGGUGUGGAGACAAUUGCAGAGGUGCUAUCAGGUCACCUGUCCAAUUUAGAGAUAAAGCAACCCCCUUCUAACAUAACUGGUAAAAAAAAAAUUAGGGUCUUGAGUAAGAUAUGUGAAAUUUCCACAGUUCACUGAAGUAUCAUAGAACAGUGGGAGUCAAGCUUCAGGUUCACUUACUAAUGGUGUGGCCUUGGACAAGCCUCUUUUUUUUAAAAAUAUUUUAUUUAUUUAUCUUUAGAGGGGAAGGAAAGGAGAGAGGGAGAGAAACAUCAUUGUAUGGUUGCCUUUCGUGCAUCCCCUGCUGGGAACUGGCCUGUAGGGAACUGGUCUGCAACCCAGGCAUGUGCCCUGACUGGGAAUCGAACCGCGAUUAUCUGGUUCGCAGGCCCAUGUUCAAUCCACUGAGCUACACCAGCCAAGGUCUGGACAAGCCUCUUGGUACGUGUUUUCUAAAAGAUGAAUAUGAUAAAAAGUACCUACCUUACAAGUUUA